GUUGCGAGAUCAGCGUCUCACCAAUCACCACUCACCAACGCCAAGUUAUCCGCUCCAGCUCGGAUCCCUAUCCAUCCAUCCGUUCUUCCUCGGCCGUUACGGUUCUCCGCCGGUGAGAAUGGCCCACCCCGCCGCCGCCGUCGCCGUCGCCGUCGCCGCCGUGGGUGAUCUGAUCCCUGGCAUCCCAGACGACGUUGCGGUGCGUUGCAUCGCCCAGGUGCCCCGCUCCCAUCACCCGUUUCUCGCUGUAGUAUCGCGAUCCUGGCGUUCCCUUCUCGGCUCCCCGAUCUUCUGCGCCGCCCGCUCCCAACUUUCCCUCCCCGACCCUCCCGCCCUCGCCCUCGCCCUCAACCUCCGCUCACCCACCGACCAGUCCUGGUUUCUCCUCGAUCCCUUCCUCCGAUUCAGCGGCUCGCGGAAGAAGUCGCCGCCCCCUCUCCGCCUCCCCUCCCCGCCCCUCCCCGCCAUCGGUUCCGCUUGCGCCUCCCUCGGCGGUUCCCUCUUCCUCCUCGGCGGAUCCGUCGCUGAUGUUCCCUCCCUCGCUGUUCAGAUCUUCGACGCCCGCCUUCGCAGGUGGUCCUCCGGCCCCCGCAUGUCCGCCGCUCGCGAGUUCGCCGCAGCAGCCGCCGUCGGCGGCCGCAUCUACGCUAUCGGCGGAUGCCUACCCCGGGCCGACGCCUGGGCCGAGUCCCUUGACCCCUCUGCUGGAGGGAAAUGGGCCGUCGUUCCCAGCCCGAUGCUCAUCAGGGAGAAGUGGAUGCACGGGUGCGCUGUCCUCGCGGGCAGGAUCCUCGCGGUGGCGGAUCGGGGCGGCCUGGUGUACGACCCGGCGGCGCCGUCGAAUGAGGCCAGGUGGGGUCCGGUGCCUCCGGUUCUGGACAACGGGUGGAGGGGGAGGGCGACGGUGGUGGGAGGGAUACUCUACUCCUAUGAUUUUCUCGGCAAAAUCAAGGGGUACGACCCGGAAUCCGACGAGUGGAAGAAAGUGGAGGGGGUAGAGAAUGAACUCCCCACCUUCUUGUGCGGCGCGACGCUGACAAACCUGGGCGGUUUGCUCUGCCUUCUGUGGACAGGCAAGGACUUGGCGAGCAGGAGAAAAGAAAUGGUGAUCGAGUGGGCUGGGAUCGAGAUAUCGAAGACGACAGAUGGAAGGUUGCAGGGAUCGCUUCUGUGGCAGGAACCUGUUGUCCUAGACGCUCCCAAGGGAUCAUACAUUGCCCACUGCGUGCCCUUGGAUUUGUGAAACUGCAAAAAAGAUUCAACCUUUGCGAUGUUCUCGAUACUCAUGCUGGCUGCAGAUUGUAUAAUCCAUAAAAGCUAAAAACUUGUCUAGCCAAUGCUAUUGCAAUCUGGAAAGCUACAAAAAGUGACGCAAGUUUGAUGCUGCGAUGUGUUUGGCCAGUAGUUUCAAUGAAGAAACUUAUUGCUGCGUGUUUUUCCAAGUUGAUUCUUAGCGUAGAUUCUAUUGGAACCAUGCAAAUUCGAAAUAGUUGGUUCAUGCUGAAUUGAAAGCAUUUAUCAGGCCAAGAAAGUGCAGUGCGAAGAAAUAAUUUGUUUGGUUCAAGUAUCAUGUGUAUUUAUUUGCGGGAAGGAAACAAUUCGAAUAUGCCUAAUAAACUUGCAUUAUUUUCCCUACU